AUGCGCUUCCUUCCCCGCCUGCUCCUGGCCGCUGCCCUGGCCACUGCCACCCUGCUGGGCUGCUGGUGGCUCCUCGGGGGCCGCACAGGUGAGUUGGCUUCCAGGGCCAAGGAGGCCCUCCCUCUGACGCUGGACACCUUCCUUCACACCCAGCAGCUGCGGAAGAAGAGGCUGAGAUCCUUCUGCAGCCGCUCCACCGAAGGGGCCACACUGCCAGAGAGCCCCAAGGCACGAGGCCGCCUACUCUCCAACAUGAGGGUCAGCACCAAGCUGGACUUCCUCUAUUGCCAGGUGCCAGCAACAGGCAUGGAGGGAUGGCAGCAGCUUUUGGAGAAACUAGAGGAGAAGGAAAACGUGACGGUCCCCAUGCCGCUGCCCUACCCUCGGCAGAAUGCUCCACAGACACAGCUGAGCAAGUUCAACCAGACCAUGAUAAAGGCCAUGAUAGGCUCCUACAUCAAAGUCCUCUUUGUGAGGGACCCUUUUCAGAGGCUGAUCUCAGCUUACAUGCAAAGUGUGGGCAGCCAUCACCAUUCCUUUAGCACUUUUGUUCAGGAUGUUUUAGACAGGGGACAGCACAAUGUCAGGCUGGAAGCAAAGCCACUUGUCAGCCUUUGCCAUCCUUGUCUCAUCCAGUACGAUUACGUGAUGAUGUUUGGCUUCCUCAGGCAGGAACUGGGGCACCUGAUACACCGGGCCGGGCUGCCAAAGGGCAUCCACCUUCCUGAAUUCAUGGACUCCGAGGUGCAGUGGACCUAUGCAUGGUUAUCGGAGCAGCUAUUCAGUGAACUGUCCCUCAAGCAGAAGAAACAACUGUCUCAUUUCUAUCGCGAGGACCUUUCUGCUUUCCAGUUUUCUAACAGCUUGCUCUCAGACUUCCUCAGCACACCAGAGACCCAAUAA